UCCCGGCCGGCGGCCGACUGUUUUGUUUGAUCCCCUCUGCUGCUUGAUUAGCGCGCGAGGCUAGCCUAGAUCCUCGUGGUCGGUCCGACUUGUGUUUCGUUGCCUGUCUGCUUGUUUAGCUUCGAUCGAUCCGGCCGGCCUCUCGGUCGACAUGGAUCAGUGUGCGUCCAGGGUGCUGCCAAUCAUCGACGAGGGGUCGGAGUCGGAGUCGGAGACGGGGUCGUCAACGGAGGGUGUGGCGCCGGAGACGACGACGAGGAAGGCCGCGGCGGCGGCGAGGGCCAUCGCCGAGCGCAGGAAGGCGAUCGUGGCUAGGAUGAGGGAGCUGCUCCGGCGCGCCGUCGUGCAGUCGUCCUCGGCGGCGGCGGCUCAGUCCAAGCUCCGCUCCUCCACCGUGGCCACCGCCAAGAAAUGGAAGAGGGUGGUGACCUUCAAGAGUAGAGAUCGCCGGCGUUCGGUCGUCCACGGCGGCGGCCUCGACGGCAUGAGCUCCGCGUCGUCGGUGUCCAGCGCCAGCAGGAACAGCCUGAGCAGCCGGGACGCCGCAUUCCCGCGCUCCCCUCCGCCGCCAUUCGCCACCGCCCACAAGAUAUGCUUCGAAGAGAUCAUGGCGAUGGAGCAGGAGGCUCACUGGAUCACCACGGAUUCCGACUUCGUCGUGCUGGAGCUCUAGAACGCCGGAGACGGCGACGAUGGUGGUCUCCCCGACGAGCAAAUUAACGUACGGGUGGCGUGGAUUCGUUGGUGGCCCGGCCCAAGGCUAGCAAUUCGGCCCGGCGUGAUCACACAAGUUUACAGGCCAAUAAUAGUGGGCCUAUAGAUCUUGUCCGCUAUGAGAAAUCAUGGGCCGGCUUCUAUGGGUAUUGUAAAGGCCGAUUUUCUCUUCUUUUUCUUGAAGUGUGCAUUUGAUAUUUGACAGCUCGAAGA